AAUGAAUUAUGGGUAUUUCUGCUAGAUAUUAGAUCAUCCCAAUGAACCAAUAAUUGGAUUUUGUUUCAAUUAGGAAUGUGAAAGGCCAAAAUAAAUCUGUUUUAAUUGUUACAGCCAAUAACAUUCAAGACAUCAAUAUGAUUGUUUGAGAUUCGACAAAAUCAUACAAAUGAUAGGAGACAGCAUUACAAUCUUAGAUAAUUUGGAAAAGCAAGAAUCGAAUAUAAUGGUAAGUAUGAGACUUUUGUUCGAUAAACAUCUGAAAUUUAUUUCUAGUGAAAAAUUAAAGUUGACUUAAUUAUUAUAAUAAUUAAAUAAUGAAGACUGCUCUUAAGUUAAUAAUCAAUUAGAAUAGUUAAAGCAAUGGAGAAAUGUUACUUAAAAUAAAUAUGUUAAAAGCAAUAAUAUUGGUAUCGAAUUUCAUUCUAAAUUCUGUAGGAUUGUAAUUAGAUGAAAUAAAAAAAUUCAAAAGGUCUUUGGAUUAAUUCUUAUAACCAUAUAUGAAGGCUGAAACUAUUUAGGUUUAAACUCAAGCAACAGCUCCAUAAGGAUCUAUAGAGAGACAAAAUAGUAAUAAAAGUUAAGAAUCACCAACCUAAACUUAGGGAUUGAAGUAAGAAUAACUAGCAAUGCAGUGUUUAGCUUCAGGUUAAAUCGCUAUUAUAUUUUAGCUAUUGAUUUAUAUAAACAAGAAAACUUUUAAGAAGCAUUAAAUUUUACUAAAUAAGCUAUAAAGAUCGAUUCUAACAUUGAUUAAGCAUAUUUGAUAAAGGGUAAUAAAUUCUAUUUAAAAUAAAUUAGGUCUUUCUUAGGUACAUUUAGAGUAGUACGAGGAAGCCGUGGAUGCCUUUAAUGACUGUUUAAGAUUGAACUUAAAAUUGGAAGCAGUUUAUUAUCAUAAAGGUAAGAAUUGGCAAUUUUAAAUUAUCAGGUUACAGCUUAUAGGCCUUGAAACUAUGUGAUGAAGCAAUAGAGUGUUAUGAUAAAGCCUUAGAGCUUCAAAUUAAUCCAGAUUUUUAUCUGAAGAAAGGUUUUAUUUAUCUAACUAUUUUGUAGCUUAAGCCUUAGUAUCAUUAUAAAAAUAUGAUCAAGCACUUGAGACUAUUAAUCGAGCUCUAGACAUAAAAACUAAAAAAGAAUAUUUGCAUCUUAAAGGUAUUUUUGAAAGAGAAUUCUAGGGUCCAUUUUACAUAAAUUAGGAAAUUCUCAAGAAGAAUUAAAUUGUUAUUUAGCAGCGCUUGGAUUUGAUUCAAAUUCAUCCUCCAUAAAUCAUAAUAUUGGUAUAACUUUUGCUUAUGAAAAGGUGUUGCACUCCAUACUUUAGAAAGAUAUUAAGAGGCCUUGAAAUAUUUUGAUGCUGCUCUCGCCAUUGAACCAGAUUCACCAGAUACAUUAAAUCAAAAAGGUUAUACUAAUUCUAAUUAUAGGUAUCACCUUACUUGCCUCAGGAAGGUAUUAAUAAGCAUUAGAGUGUUUUGACUCUGCAUUAGCAUAUGGAGAGAAACCAGAGUAUCUAACAAAUAAAGGUAGAUAUUCCUUUAAUUAAAUAGCUAAAACUCUAAAUUUCUUAAAUAGAUAGAAAGAAGCACUGGAAAUUUUCGAAUAUGUCAGUUAGCAUUAUGGAGAAUGA